ACUUUCGUUCUCUUAUGUGUAUCUCAUGACGUAUUAGCGAAAAAUCGUAAGUUUCAAGACCGCCGAAUUCUUUUUUCGUGAGGCUAGUGCUGGCUCGGACAUGGACGAAAAAUUGCCCGCGAAAAGUUGGAAGGAACGCAGAAAUGCUUUUUACGUGGUUCUUAUCGUUAUUUUGGUGAUGCUUUUAUCGGGUGUUAUUGUGGUUUUGAAACUACGGAAAAUAUAUGGCGAAAACAUCUGCCUUAGCGCUGAUUGCGUCAACUCAUCGGAUUUCUACCAAAACAUCAUCAACAACUCAGUCGACCCCUGCGACAAUUUCUACGAGUUCGCGUGUGGAGGCUUCGACGGUCCAAUUUCCAUCUUGGAAAUAUCAGAAAAAACAGUUUUUGAUGAAUUCAAAUCGUUUAUAGCGUCACCCAUUCACGAUGACGAUCAGAGAGCUGUUAAAAUGCAGAAGAAGUACUACAAGAAUUGCAUGAAUACUUCGGCGAUUGAAGAAGACGACAAUGCUAGUAUAAAGAAGAUAUUUGAGCAGCUGGGGGGAUGGCCGCUCUUGUCAUUGGAUUUGGUUAUACCUAUCAACGCAAAGAUCACUGAACAGUGUGCUGAGAUGGGUUUGUUUUAUGACUGGUUCACUGAGCUUGAGACUAAGGAGGAAUUUUAUCCCUAUUCGAGUCAAAUACUUCAUAUAACACCACCAGAUAUACGAGAUUUGGUGCAAGAAGAAUUUAAAGACAAUUACCAACUGCUUAUAGAAAACAUAGUAAAGCGUUUGGGCUCAAAGAGAGGGUUAGAUUUUAUUUCCAAGGCAGCAAAAAAUGUGGCGGAUUUUGAGAGGUCCCUAGCAAAGAUCAUUUUAGAAUCUCGAAAUACGACAAGAGUAACCAUCGGCGAAUUAAAAACAGAUUUUCCGUCACUUCCUUGGGAUGGCAUAUUAAAAAAUGUAGACUUUAACGAAAAUACGACUGUGGUAGCAAAUGUAUGGUAUUUUGUAAGAUUGAUAAGGCUAUUGGAACAAUCUAGCAAUAGCGUAAAAGUUAACUACAUAUUUUGGAAAGUAACUAAGUCACUUCACCCGUUUUUGUCGCGUGACAUCAGAAGAGAAUUUGAGGCUUACGAAGAUGUGAUAAGCGUAACCAAAGGACGCAAAAAGCAAUCAAGAAAACGAGCAGACUUCUGCUACAGUCUCACUCAAACAGUAUUUGCCUACGUAUCAGAAGGAGCCUACGCCAAUAAGUACUCGUCCGAAAGGGAAUCCAUUAGACAAAUCGUCGACAACAUAAAAACCGUUCUAGCCGAUCACAUCAACAGGUCGAAGUGGAUGAAUCACACGCACAAGACCUAUGCCCUCGGUAAAUUGCGAAAUGUUAGAGCGUUCAUCGGCGCUCCAGAUGAAGUUUUCGAUGAAAACGAAUUUGAGAAAAUUCUUGGUGUUGAUGAGAUCGACAUUUUAAGAUUGAACAAUACAUUGGAUAUUGUACGAGCAGUGGACAAGAGUCGUGACAAGUACAACUUGAGCCUGUCCAAGAAAAAAAACCAACUAUCAUCAAGCUAAAUUGUAUCAAGGGAUCGUUACUAUAGAUGCAAGAUAUAUUCCGGAAGAGAAUCUAAUAUAUAUCCCUGCAGCAAUAAUAGGAGGAGUACUCGAUUCUCACAAAGGUCUAAACUUCCGAAACUAUAGCAUUUUAGGAACAAUCAUUGCCCAUGAGCUGACUCAUUCGAUGGGGAUUCUGGACAACUUUAUGAAUGGAACAGAGGCACCAACAUGGUCAAAUGAAACAUACGACCGGUUUCUACGGCAGUCCAAAUGUCUAAUCGACCAGUGUCUACAGUUUAACGAAACAGGAGUAACACUUGAGACUUGCUACUCGACCUUCGAUGAAAACUUUGCAGACUACACAUCGGUGGACGUCUCCUACGAAGCUUUCAGCAAAGUCAAACUGGAACAAAUCAAUCAGUUACCGGGCCUGAAAUACAAUUUGAAUCAAUUGUUCUGGAUCAGUUAUGCGUCUACAAUGUGCGACAGUGAUGACAACUCUACGAGUUUAAAUCGAGUGCAUUUGGAGCCUCCUCAAAGGAUAUUGGGGUCGUAUAGGAACUCGAAGCAUUUUGCUAAAGAUUUUAACUGUACACUAGGAACAUAUAUGAAUCCAGUUGAUAAAUGUUACGUGCUUUAAAUAUAUAGUAUAGUUUGAAUUUGAAUGUAGUUGUCUUUAAAAUAAAUCGUAAAGCCUUUGAAAGUUUAUACAGAUUCUCAUAUUCAAGACGUUUGAUGGAGCAAAAAGAAACAAACCUCUAAGAUUUAUUAAGUUGUUAGUUGUUUGAUGUUCUCGUAUUAUUAUUAUAUAACCAGCGCUAGAAUUUGAAGUUUGCUAUUAAUUUUUUAAUCCUUUUAGUCUUCACUUUUUUGUUACCAUUAUGUUUCUGUCAUAAAAUCACAGCUAAAUACUUUUUAUUUUAUUCAAAGUUUAAAUUACGAUUUAAGAUUCAAUUAAGUUUAGUAGCUCUUCUGUAUACCUGUUUUCUUUUUUUUUAUUCUAUGACUAAUGACCACGUCGUUACUGUUAAGUACCACUUACCUUCUCACAAUUCUCCUCUUUCAGAUUUCCUUCUGAUUCCCUCGUGUGUUAUAAAAGUAAUUUUACAUAAUAUGUAUUUGUAUUAUAUUAUCACUUUUUUACAAAAAUUAUCAGAUUGAUUAUUUUAAAUUAUUGUUUAUUAUACCUUGUAAAAACGUUUACAUUUUCGUAGUAAAAUUGAUGUGCCUAUGGAC